CUUCAUUUCUAGAAAAUAGUAAAGAUGUCUGGCUCAUCAAACCUCGUUGCGAUGAAGAAAAUUGUCCAGCAGCUGCGUUUUGAAGCGAGCAUAAACAGAGUGAAGGUGUCCCAAGCAGCUGCAGACCUUCAACAGUUCUGCAUGCAAAAUGCCCUCCAGGAUCCCUUGCUCACUGGGGUGUCCUCCAGUACAAACCCCUUCAGACCACAGAAGGUGUGCUCCUUCUUGUGAGGACUACACAUAGGACAGACCGCAGCAUUUUUUGGCCUUCGUUUUGAUGCUACAGGGAAAAAGUUGACCUCAACACUGCUCCUCAUUGCCAACGGCAAUCCACUGCCACAGAAUCUUAUGAAGUGUAGAACAUGUCAGGAAGACUUGCCAUCUAUUUUCAGCCAACCACCUUAGAGGAUACGAUGAGACGGGUUUAUUUUUCAUGGCACCGUGUGGUUUUCAAGUAAAUGAUUGUGCCUUUUCUAUUCUAUUUUAUUCAUUGUUCUUGACUUUUUGUAUUUAGAAAUUAACAUUCUUCUUUCUCUACAUGACUGUUUUGCUAAUUGUUUCUUGGGUAAGACUGACAGUGGUACAUCUCAAAUCUUUACUUAAGAUGCAAGUAGUUUCGAACAGCAAAAUGUGAACAGGGCAACUUUACAAUACAAAAGGCAGCAGCAUGUCACUGGUAUGCGUGAUAAAAGCAUCCACAUCAAACACACAAGUAAAAUGCCAUAUAUUUAAGAAUAAGGAAAUCAAAGAACACAUUCAUCAACCUAUAUCCCCGUGCUUAAAUUUACAAUUGACGUGCAUAAUGCUCAUAGAUACAGCUUUGAUUAAGUGAAAUAAAAAUGGCUGUAAUGGAGGAUCAGUAAGUAUGGUUCAAACACGUACAUGUCUUCCAACUAAUUACCAUCCAGUCUUAGCCGGCAUCAAACUAUUCCAUAGUUUGGUAUAUACUGAUCAUAUCAAUGGGACAUGGGUAGAAGAUAGAUUAUCACAAAGUCAGACAUCUAGUGCACCUUUUGCAUCCAUCUGAAAAGGAUCGGCCACUAUUAAAUAACCCAUUCAGUUGAA